AUGAUUGGUCAUGGCUGGGAUCAAAAAAGUGUUUCUGAAAGUUGCUUAAUUUAUUUUAAUUGUGAUCAAGAAAUCAUGUCGAAAAAAAAUCUUUCAUUAGCAGAAAAGCGAUCACGUUUAGAAGAAUUGUUCCAUGAAUCAAAAGAAUUUUUUCAACUUAAAGAGAUUGAGAAGAAGGGUUAUCAGGAAAAGAAAAUUGUACUUCAAUCGAUUAAGGAUAUUUUGCAAUCACUUGUUGAUGAUGGUAUUGUUAAAAUGGAUAAAAUUGGGACAACAAAUUACUUUUGGAGUUUUCCAAGUGAAGCAAGGCAGUCAAGACAACUUCGUAUUACUACAAUGGAAAAACAACUUGAAACACUUCAAACAGAAGCACGGACAUUGCAAAACCAAAUUAACCAAGAGAUGAACCAACGUGAAGAUUCUCAAUUGCGUACGUCUUUAUUAAAAAAUGUUACUGAAAAAGAAAAAAAACAUAUGGAAAUUGUUAAGAAUCUAGAACGUUAUCGUGAUUUAGAUCCAACAGUCAUUGAGGCUAAAAAAAAAGCAACGCAAAUAGCAAAAGAUGCAGCAAAUCGAUGGACAGGGGCGUUAAGAGUAUUUUUACCAAUACAUGUCAACUAAUAUCCUGUAGAUAACAUUUUAAUUCUACAGAGCUAUUGUGUAAAUGAAUUAAUGGUGCAAAAAGAACUUCUUAUUUCGCAAUUUAAUAUUCCAGAAGAUUUAGACAAUAUUCCGUAAUCUACACUUCUAUAGUAAGGUUUUUAUACCAUUAUUUCUCUUGUUGCUUAAUUCUUUGCAUUUUUUCAAUUG